AUGUGCCAUGAACUACGAACCCGCUACGCCCUCUGCUCGCACACCGCAACCGUCCUCACCCGCUGCGGACUCCCUCCUUGUCAAGCAUGGCCUGGAGUAUAUGAGCGAGUCGAGGGGGUAUCUUGCCAGGCGGUUUGGUGUCGGUUUAAUCCUCCUCCUCCUCCUCCUCCUCGCUCAGCAUCAUCUCGUUUGGAGUCAUCAGUGAGCGCAACUAGUACGGUCAGGGAGUCAACUACCUUUAGGGAUAGAAGUGAAGGUAUCGCUGAAUGGAGAGAAAGUAAUAGAGGCACUGCUCCUGAGCAGCAGACACGACGUGCGGUGAGGUUUGAAUUUGGAGGGGAUGGAGGGGGUGAUGGUGGAGGUGGUGAUGGUAGAGGAAGAGGAGGUAACGCGCUGAUGGAAGAUCCUGAAAGAGGAGGAAGAGGAGGAGGAGGACCUAGAAGACCCGGGAUGCCUGGGGGUGAUGAUGGUGAUAGUUCGAGUUCGAGUGAUGAAGAAAACCACAAUUAUAAUGGGGAUGUAGGCAACGAAUCACAUGCCUGA